UCCCUCUAUAUAAAUGUUUGACGGUUGAAUGAUUCAUCAAGUGGAAGAUCUUUCAUGUAACCUUCUUGUGUUGAUUAAAAUAUUAGGCUGGCAGACUUUGGUAGCCCACAAAGGCCAGCAAUGCUCUGCUGCCUUUCCUCAUCAUCCAUUUCUUUCUUCUCUCUCAACAACUUCAAAUCUCGCAUUUCCUCUCUCGUCAAAUAUUGAAAUAAUCUGCAUCCCGAAAUCCUCCACAACUCCAUCUUCUUCUUCUUCUCUGCAUUGUUCAUCUUGAUCUGCUCUUCGAAAGGAUAUGACUUGAGCUCACAUUUCUAAAAAUUAGGGGAAUCGUCGGUGUUUGUGUUAAAAUGAAGAGGAUGGAUGCAGAAGCCUGACAUAGGGAAGUGCUUUAGUAUGAAGGCAGACUUGGGAAUAUCUAUUUGAGAGCUUUCAACUUUGCUUGUCGGCCAGACUGGAAUCUCUAAAGGGACAAGUUUACCUGCUAACAAUACAGAAGGUGCUUAUACAAGAAAGAGUAGUGACAGAUCUACUUCUCUCCAUCUUUUAUAUGCCAACAACCUCAUCAAAGAUUCCUUCCUUCAUUUCUAUUCUUUAUAUCUAUAUACCUUACCUACCAAACAAAGCUUCCUCCGAGUGUCUUUAUCCUCCUCCCUCUAGUUUAAAGUGUCUUUUCGAAGUGUGAACAUCAUAUUACUUGGCAUUUGGCAUCCAAAACAGUCCCUAUAUUCUUUCAGUAUAUAUACAUUACAAACUAUGGUUUUGUGCUCGGGACAGUGAAAGGGGGUGGUUGAACAUGGCCUACAUGGAGGAUGAACAAAAUGAGGAUUAUCUUUUUAAGAUUGUCUUGAUUGGUGAUUCAGCUGUUGGUAAAUCGAACUUGCUUGCUAGAUUUGCAAGAGACGAGUUUUACCCUAAUUCAAAAUCUACUAUCGGAGUAGAGUUCCAGACGCAAAAGAUGAACAUCAGUGGUAAGGAAGUUAAGGCUCAGAUCUGGGACACAGCUGGGCAGGAGCGGUUUCGGGCUGUAACAUCUGCAUAUUAUAGAGGUGCAGUCGGAGCCCUCGUGGUGUACGACAUCAGCAGACGCCAGACUUUUGAAAGUGUCACCAGAUGGCUUAACGAACUCCACACUCACUCGGACAUGGAUGUGGUGACGAUACUAGUGGGAAAUAAGUCGGAUAUUAAAGAUGCACGAGAGGUGACAACUGGCGAAGGCAAGGCCUUGGCGGAGGCACAUGGUCUGUUCUUCAUAGAAACAUCAGCGCUAGCUUCGUCGAAUGUGGCUGCUGCGUUCGAGACGGUUGUGAGAGAGAUAUUUAGCAUUUUAAGUAGGAAAGUGAUGCAAUCUCAGGACCUGAAGCUUAAAGGCAGCGGCUGGUUGGCAAAUGGGAAAACUGUAGUUUUACAGAGUGAUGAAAAGCAGGAAGCGGGAACUAAAACAGGUUGGUGUUGUUCACAAUGAUUUUCAUAUUGCAUUUAAAUUUCCAGAAUCGAAUUCUGAUAAUUUUACUCCAACUCAAAAGCAUAGGCCUCUUCUUUAUAGUAAUUGUGUAAAUGAAUUGGAUGGCUUAAGAUUCUUCAUUUUUUGGGUUGACUGUCACAAAGCCCCUUCUCUAAUUGUACUAUUGAUAUUGUGAAAACCUUGUUUAUUUUGAAAGUGAUAUAUUCCCAUCCUACUUGUUGAUGGGCGUGGGUAUAAAUCGGUGCUCUUUUCCUUGUGAUUUGUACAUUACUUUUAUCUCUAAGGCUUAUGUGGUCCUAUCUAAUCCAAGGCAUGCAUUUGCCUUGCAUUCAUGGGACCCCAUAUUUUGAUCUUA